AUGAAACCAAACAAGCACCAUUGUCCCCUCCCCUAACCUUUCCAUUUUCCUCCCCCCCUCUCUCUCUCUCUCUCUCUCUCUCUCACCCAACUCUCUCAAGCUCUUUAUCUCCUUUCAACUUCCGUCCAAACCAAACAAAUGAACGGGUGGCAGUUCGGAAUUGGAUUUGCUGCCAAUUGUUAGCUACCCCAAACCUUUCUCCUCUCUCUUUCUCUCUCUAGAUGAAUCAGUUCGUGCUCACCAAAACGAUCAACGCCCGCCGCCGGCGACUGAGAAUCCGGCGACUCAAGUACACCUGCGAGUCUCCCAACUCCCACGAUCUCACCGCCACUCUUUCCCCCGCCUUGAAGGAGAAAGAUAAAUCCUCCUCUUCUCCCGCAGCAGCCGUCCGCGAGAUUUCCGUGCUGUUGACCGCCACGUCAGCACCGGCCGAGAAGAAUGACAGCAACUCGGAUCCGGGAAACGACGCCGUUUCGUGCGGAUCGGCGUCGGCGAAUCGGCGGGAGGAAGGAGAUGGAGGACGCGGUGGCGGUGGAGCUGGGGUUUAAGGGCGGGUACGAUUUCUUCGGGGUGUACGACGGGCACGGCGGGGCGGGGGUGGCGGAGGCGUGCAGGGAGCGGCUGCACGAGCUGCUGGCGGAGGAGAUUGGCGCCGGCGUUGCCGCCGGUGCGGAGUGGGGAGGGGUGAUGGAGAGGUGUUUCGGGAGGAUGGACGGGAUGGUGGAGGAGAAGGAUCGGAUGGUGGGGUCGACGGCGGUGGUGGCGGUGGUCGGGAGGGAGGAGGUGGUGGUGGCCAAUUGCGGCGACUCCAGGGCCGUGCUCUGCCGCGGCGGCGGCGUUGUGGUUCCGUUGUCUUCGGAUCACAAGCCCGACAGGCCGGACGAGCUGGAGAGGGUUGAAGCCGCCGGCGGGAGGGUCAUUAAUUGGAACGGCUAUCGCGUUCUCGGCGUCCUCUCCACUUCCAGAUCCAUAGGCGACGAGUACCUAAAACCGUUCAUAAUCUCGACCCCGGAAGUCGUUGUGACCAAGAGAAGCCCGGAGGACGAGUUCCUAAUCCUGGGGAGCGACGGGCUGUGGGACGUGAUCUCCAACGAGGACGCGUGUCAGGUGGUCAGGAGGUGUCUGAAAGGACGGAUGAGGCGGCGGCGGGGAUCCUCGCAAGAGCCUCCCGCGGCCGCCGAGGCUGCGGCGGUGCUGGCGGAGCUGGCAAUGGCGCAGGGGAGCAAGGACAACAUCAGCGUCAUCGUCGUGGAGCUGAAUAAUAUCAAUGGUGGUAAUAGUAGUUAA